GUCACCUUUGAAUGAGUGUCACUUUGGAGACCGUGUCAUUGCAAUAAUAAUAACCACAGGCAGUGUCAUCUGAUACAGUUUCAGUCAAAGUGGAACAGUGAGAAUGAGGACGUGCAUGUCAUCUUAUGACACUGCGUAUUGGGGAAUGAGUUUGUGAGAGUGUCGAGUCAACAGUAUGGCGUCAGGAGGAGAAAGCAGUGCUCCUCCUGAGGAUGAGAGGGGCAUUCUACUGGACAUUGAUGAUGUUCACUUGCUUUUACAAGUGGAACAGGAGCAGAUUCAGAAGAGGACGUUCACAAAUUGGAUCAAUGCACAGCUUUCCAAGAGGAGUCCUCCAGCUGCUGUCCAAGAUCUGUUUUCUGAUCUUCGGGAUGGAACUCGAUUGCUUGACCUGCUGGAGAUGAUGAGCGGCCAGCACUUGAAGCGAGAGCGAGGUCAUGGUGUGUUUCAGCAGAGAGGCAACAUCGAGACUGCUUUGAAUUUCUUGAAGAAUAAAUCUGUCAAACUGGUGAAUAUAAACAUCCCAGACAUCAUAGAAGGGAAACCUUCCAUCAUUUUGGGCCUGAUAUGGACCAUCAUCCUGCACUGUCAUAUAGAGGAGUUAGCCAGUACCCUCUCAUUCGGGUCCCGUUCCUCCUCCCUGGACUCUCUGUCCAGUCUAGACUCUUUUUCUGGUUCUCCAGCCAGUAGUCCAGUUCCUCGAGGAGCAUCACCGCUCCACACACGCUUCCGUCUGUCUGCUAAGAAAGCUCUGCUCCUGUGGGUUCGGGACCAGUGCCAGAAGGUCGGCUGUCCAGCUAGUGUGAGGGACUUUAAGUCGAGCUGGAGGAGUGGAGAGGUGUUUCUGGCUGUCCUCUGCUCCCUCAGGCCAGAUCUGGUGGAUCUCUCACAAUCUCAGACCAGCAGCAAUCAGCAAAACCUGGAGAAGGCUUUUUACCUUGCUGAGAAAGAGCUAGGGAUUCCCAGACUACUUGAGCCAGAAGACGUUGACGUCAGUAACCCUGAUGAGAAGUCCAUCAUGACAUACAUUGCUCAGUUCCUCCAGUACUCCAAUGAUUUGCCGUUAUCUUAUGAUGAUAUUGAGCUUCAAACUCUGCUUUUUCCUACAUGCUUCUCUCCUGUCAACCUCCCUACACACUUCACUCCUGCAGUUCUGGCCUCUCCACUGCACCAGGCUUCACCCAGUCAGAAAGCCAAAGAGAUGAAAUGUUGGCUACAGCGAGCUUAUCAGGAGCUGCUGGAUUCAUGGAUUUCCACUGAGGGGAAGGGAUAUGCAGAAAGGUAUCAGGCAUUUCAGAACUUUGUGGGCACAUAUUAUGAGCAGAGACGUCCAGUUAUUCCACUGCUCAGUGCAAUGAAGCGAUCUACUAAAACCAGUGAGGAGCAGAUGGAACUGAGAAAAGCCUGGGAUGCCAUGGAGGAGAGGUUACAAGAGUACAAAAGUGAGCUUGAUGUUGGCUUGCCAGCGCCUCUGAACACACUGGGCCGGUGGCUUCAACACAUAGAGGCUGUGCUUUCUGAAGACAGCAGCAACACAGAAGAUCAUGCGCUUGCUGCCAGAGAUGCCAGACAGAAGCAAGAACAGCUGAAAGUCCUGGUUGAAGAUUUAAGCCAGCACUUGAACACACUUCAUCACUACUGUAACACAGAUGAUGACAACUGUCCUCAAGUACCAGUCGAGAAGCUGGAGGAGAUCAAAAGACGUUUCACCAGUGCCAGAGUAACAGCCAAGUACCAUGGCAUCAAGCUACAAUAUAGAGAGCAGAUGCACCAUGUUUAUGACCUGCUGGGACGUCUGAAGUCUAAGCUGAGCUUGUGGAAAGGACCUUAUGGCUCCCAGGAGUCUGUGCAAUAUUUGCUACAGGAUUGGCAUGAAACUGUUGACAAGGAAGGCCUGGUGUGGAAGUUAAAGGAAGCACUACAUAAGCUGAAAGACACAACAAUCAGUUAUGCAAGCAAAGCAGCCAUGGCUGAUGACUUGCCAGUGGUAAAUAGGCAGGUAAAGGAAGCUGAUAGUGAAACAAGAGCCAGCACUGAUGCUGCAGAAUCAGUCAAGUCUACUAUGGAGCGUGUGCUGGGUGAAUGGGAGUCCUACAAAAACUGCCUGUAUCGGUUACAGGUCUGGCUGGGGCAGGAGAGUCAAACACAGAUCCCAGAGAAAGAGCAGAAGCGUUUUUCCUCCAGCCUGAAUGAGUGGAGUACACGUCAAGCCCAGCUGAAUGAGACAGGCAACUUUCUCAUUGAGAUAAGUGAUGCCUCCACCAGCCAUUCUCUAUCUGAUGAGCUCCGCAGGCUCAACAUGCAGUGGGCUGACUUCAUGAAAAGGACCAAGUUUGCAGUGACCCAUCAGCCCGUCUGUACAGUCCCAGGUGUUCAAACUGCUCAAGGCCUGAUGCAGGAAUCGGGCUGGGUACUUAGAGAUACUCUCGAAGUGUCAUCUGGACCUCUGCGUAUUUACAGAAAGAAACUCCAGGGCAUCAUUAAAAAGAUUUCAGAGCUUGAUUUAAACUCAAUAUCUCCAUCUCCAGACUGCAAAGAGGAAACUUUUCAGAAACUCAAGCAAGCACUGCUAGAGAUGUAUAACACUUUAAACCGAGUGGAUCAGGUGUGUGAGGGGCUCCAGAGAGCAGCGUCUCUUCUUGAAGGCAGGUUGGCUGAGCUUGAAAACUGGAGUACAGAGGCCCAAGAGAUCUGCCAGCACCUAAGCAGCAGGCAGCGUCGGGGCCACUUGGAGUCACAUCUUAGAGCUAAAGCUCUGAUCUCUAGAGGUCUACAGUUGGAAGGACUGGUGGUGACAGAGGGCGAGGACCUGCAAGUUCUCGUGACAUCUGUGCAAAAGAACUCCACCCUGCCUUACCUCAGCAUAACAGCCCUACAAGACCGACUGAAACAGACAGUCUCUCACUGCCAGGAGGUUACUGAGAUGCUCAGUUCUCAUGGAGUAAAGCGUGAAGGACAGCCUGAAAGUGCACAGCCUGCUUCCAAGGUUUUUGUGCAUGCACUUUCUCAGCCUGAAUUUCAAACUGGAAGCAUUCAGCACUAUCAGAUGUUCUCUCGAAGCAGCAAACUUUCCCUAGACAGCCCAGUGGAACCUCAAAAACAAGACUUUUAUUCCUCUCAGAUGCAAACACAAUUUGAAGCCACUAGUGGUGCACAGCACCAGGCCCUCAGUCAGUUUCAUGAUAAAUCUCCCAAAGAUCAAAGCAAAGCUAAAUGCCAAAUACAGCAAGCAGACCUCAAACAGCCUUUGUUGUCAUCCGCUGUUGGCAGGAAGGUUCAAAUAAAACCCCAGACUAAAGUUCAUCUUAUCUCUGUGGACCCAAGCCAAACCUCGUGCCCUGGAUCCUCAGACCCUUUCCAAGUUAUCUCUAUAGAGUCAAACCAAUCCAGCAGCAUUGGAUCCUCAGUCCCUCUCCAGGUUGUUUCUGUAGACUCAAGCCAUACAAGUGGCUUUAAAUCAUCAGAGGUCCAGGUUGUCUCUGUAAACACAAGCCAGACCAUUGGCUUUGGACACUCAGAUACUCUCCAUAGUAUCCCUAUUGAGUCAAAACAAACCAGUGGCUUUGGAGCAUCAUGCCCUCUCCAGGUUAUUUCUGUACACUCAAGUCAAGCCAGUAGCUUUAGACAAUCAGAGCCUCAAGUUUUCUGUGUAAACUCAAGUCAGAUGAGUGGCUUUGGACCUGUAGGAUCAAACCAAACCACUGGCCUUGAAUCCCCAGACCCUUUACAGGUUAUCUCUGUUGAGUCAAGCCAAUCUAGCAACAUUGGAUCCUCAGAACCUCUUCAGGUUAUCUCUGUAGAAUCACACCAAUUCAGUGGCGUUGAGCCCUCAGACCCUCUCCAUGUGGUUUCUGUAGACUUAAGCCAAACUAAUGACUUUAGACAAUCAGAGGUCCAGAUUGUCCAUGUAAACAGAAGCCAGACUAUUGGCUUUGGACUUUCAGACACUCUCCAGAUUAUACCUGUAGAGUCGAACCAAACUAGUGGCUUUGGACCAAAAGACCUUCAAGUUGUAUCUACAGACUCAAGACAAUCUACUGAGCCAUCAGUUACAUCCCCAAGUAUAUCCAGCACAAGCACUUUGAUUAAAUCAGAUACCAUGACUCCACUAAGAAUGCCAAUUGAACAGCACCUUGGUUCACCACCAAUACACCAAGUUCAAUCCUCAUUAGCAUCUUCACAGCAAAGACAAACUGUUCUAGUCAAAAGUUGCAGCUUUACCCAACCCCAUGAUGAGCAAUCGCAAACCCAGUCUGCUUCCUGCCAAAGCACUUUAGGUGAAGCGAUCACAGUAACUCAACUAAAAACCCCAAUUAAACACUACCUUGGUUCACCGCCAAAAUUGCAGUCUCAGACCUCACUGACGACUUCGCACCAAAAACAAAGGGUUCUAGCAAGAAGUCACAGCUUUCCACAACAAGCACAGGCUUCAGGCGUUCCUCAUGUCCCAGUUCAGAAUGAGGUGUAUGCCAGAGCUCAGGCUUUAGCCAGGAGCAGACUGGAUAAAGCCAAACAUCACCUGGAUGAGCACAUACAAGAUGUGAUCACUGUGAUCAGUACCAGAGACAAAUCUAAAAAACAGGGCAAGAAAAGACAGGCAAUAUCACGUUUUUUGAGGCCUACAGUAUUGGAGACAUUUCUAGAAGCCCUAAAGGGAAUGGGGGAUUUCUGCUCUGAUGCCCAGCUCAGAGACAUGGACCUCCUCUCUCAGUCAGUCAGGACACAGUGGGAGGUAUGUACUACAGCAGCUGAUUGUUCAGUUCAUCUGGGAGCCUUGAGAAGAAUUAAGGAGAGUCUGGAGUCUGCAGAAAGUGUUCCUCUCAGCACCCCUCAUCAGAGAACAGACACACAGAGGGUGGAGGGCGUUCAGCACCUCACAGUCUCCUCAAGUGACUUGGCACCAUGUCAGGACAGGGAGGACAGUGUCCCGCUGAGAGAGACCGUACUACUUGAUGACCUCAGCCUUGUCCACUCCCAGGCUGUUGUCCAGACCAACAUCGUGGAGAUCAAACAGAUAGCAGAGAGGACCAUCAUCCACCCCUGUCCAGCACAGGAAGAGAAGGCCACUGUGGAGGAAUCUCAGAGCAGUUACAGAGAUGCCCAAUCAGUCCUCCAGCAGCAGCUGCUUCACAAUAGUCAGCAGUUGGAAUCUGAUUUUCCUAUCACCCCCAGCGGCAGCAGCACCAGUAUCUCUGCUGACUCAUUGAGAAGUGAACUCCAACAUCUACUGGCUCUUAAGGAUCAGACAGAGACUCUGUGGCGUGACUUUGAGCUUCAGUUUUCUCAGAGUUCUCAGCGCAUGGAGGAUGGCUGUAACAUGGAGCAAGAGAGACAUCAGCUCAUUCAACAGUGGAGGAAACAACAGAUGUGUGUUCGGGAAAGGGUGAAAACCAUUGAAACUACAAUAGAGCUGCUGGAGUCAGCUGACAUUCAGAUCUCACUGAUUUCUGAUAAGCUCAAACAGAUCAGUCAGAAGCCUCUGAACAUUAGAAACUUUGCUGUUGUUGAUGCCAGAAAUUUACAUGAAGAACUACAGUGUGUGGAUGACAGCAUCAAAAAAGAGUUGUUUCUUCUUAACAAGAGAGAAAGUUCAGUAGGUGAUGGCGCUGAUCUGAGUCACAUUGAGCUUCAAACUCAUCUUCCCCUUCAACAAACUCUCCACGACCGCACAAAAUGUCUAGAGCAGCAAACACGAUGUCUGCAAAAGUCUGAGUUGGCUCUAGUGGCCCUCGAGAAGCUCCUUUCUCAUCUCCAGCAGCUGAACGAUGAAUUAAAUACAUCUCACGGGACGUCAGACCAAAGCUGCAGUUCAGUGUCCAUCCAGAAAAGCCUUGAGCAGGUCAGGGAGGAUUCUCUUCAGCUGGACACAAUGCUGGAUGAUGCUGGUCUGAGGAUAACGCUGGAUGAUGAAGCAGGCAGCUGUGCUGAGAUGGUGUCAGCGCUGGAGGAGAAGGUCCAGGUCAGGCUAGCUGCAGGACAGAGAGUGUCUGAUGGAGGACGGAAGGGAAGAGCGAAGCAGGAGAAGAAGGAGGAGAGAGCGUUUGUGAGGAAGAGGAUGGGUCUGUUGGUCACAUUGAGGGAGGUGCUGGCAGCACUGGAGAGACACGGGCUGAAGGAAGCCACAAUACCUGCACUACAGCACAGAUUGCGCUUCCUGACAGACAUGGAGAGUAAACUGCAUGCACUCCGCUCAGAGAUUGAUGAUCUGCGAGAUACGAACACAUCAGACAUGAACCUCAGCGAGCUGCAGACGCAAUGGGAAAAGGCACACAGAUCAGUCACUGAAAGUCGUGAGCAGUGUGCUUCUCUAACCGAACUGCUGAAGAAGUUUCAGAGCUGUCGAAAUAGUUUGGGUGGCAUUUUACAGAGAGCAGAGCAGACCAUCGGUGAUCAGGCCUCAUACAUGGGCAAAGACAACCUUCAGCUGCUCAUCAGCAAGGUGAUAAGUAUAAAGUCAGAUCUCAGUGGUUUGGGAGACGGGGUGGAGGAGUUCAGGUCUGUGUGCAGGCAGCUUCAGUCUCUGGUGAGAAGGGUUCUGGACUGCACAGACGCCCCGUUUGAAAGUGAAGCGGACACCCUCAUGGACCGCUGGCUGGAUGUGACAGAAAAGACAGACUGCUAUCUGGAUAAUCUUCAGGCUGGCUUUUCUCUUUGGGAGAAGCUCCUCCUUUUGGCUGGUGAAGUGGAGGGCUGGAGUUCUCAAAAGCUCAUAACUCUUGCUCAGUCAAACCCCUUUAAGACGGAAGUGGAUGUUUUUGAUAUGCAGAAUGAUCUGAAGGUUCAAGAGGAGAACAUUAAUCAUUUCCAUCGCAGAUCUUCAGAGAUCCAGGAACUUCUACAGAGUCAAGAGUUUCCACUGGAGCUGCAGGUGAUUGAGAGCCAGCUGAGGAAGAAGAUGGCAGAGGUGAAGGAGCUCUUUUUUGAGACCAGAGAUGUGUUCAGACAGCUGGAAACUGCCAAAAUGCAGGUGGCAACUGAGAUUGCAGAUCACCUGUCCUCCAUCCAGACUAUUACAAAUAAUCUGAACACUCUGAACACAUGUGAAAGCCCACAUGCCCUCAAUACCAUCCAGAGAUUAGCGGAGCAGCUGGAAGUGAAGGCUGAGCAGGCAGAUGCAUUACUGCAGCAGAUGGAUCUCCUUGCCAGCAUUGCAGGUCUGGAAAACCUGCAGACUCUUGCUGAAGCUGGAGCUCACCUUCAAGAAAGCAUUGGCAUUGCCAAAGAGCUGGUUAUAAAGAAGGGAGAACAAGCAAUGAACCCAAACAGGCCUGAAAGUUCUCAGCCUGUCGAAGAGUCUAAGCAAAUCAAGGCCCAUAUUAAAAAAGCAGAAGAUACCGAGUUACAGACUGUAUGGCAUGAUAAAGCAGAUGAACAGUCACUGAGAGGCAAGGCAAAGGACGCUGCUCCUGAGCAGAAGUACUUUAAAGAGGAUAUGCUUCUGUCUGAGAAUAAGAACAGGCGGGUCACACCUGAGGAGAGACUCACAUAUGCACAGGUCACCGCUGGUAAAGCUGUGGAUGAUUUGGAUUCGGAGAAUGUAAAGAUAAUGCCUAGAGGGAAAGUCCACAAAACAGAAGAAAGAUCAGGUUCAUUUUGCACUACACGGCAAGCAAAAGCAGAUGUUGAGAUUCUCCCAUCCGGCUACACAGAUGAGCGGCAGUCCCUUGUCUGA